UGGUGAAGUUCCAUUAUGACAUUUUAUUGGUAUUGAAGAGAAAACAAUUCUUUGUUUAUUAGGAGUUUGAGGGAAAAUAAGCUAAAAGUUCUAGUUUAAGCAAACAAAACAUAAAAUAUUUUCAUAGCACCAAAUGUCUAUUUAUCUAAUUCAUCCGAUUAUCUCCAAUUUUUCUCAUUUUAAUCAACUUAAUCCUCAGUGUGCUGCACCACCCAUACAGAAGCAAACAACAGGUAUUAGUUUGUUUUUAAUCAGAUCACAUUGACUUGAAAGCCCUUUCUCAAAUUAAGGGAACUACCAGAACUAUAAUCACUGCGGAUCAUUCUUGCCAAGAUCGUCCCUGGUCAUCAACAAAGCCUGAACUGCACUCCACCCUGUCCCUCUUGAUGCUGGCCCUGUGUUCGACGCAGCUGCAGGCUCCAGUUACGCCCUCUCCACCCUCUCCGUGUCCCGCUGCAGGAUGGAGCAGACAGCUGAGAGAAUCAGAGGAUUUCAGUUGUGCAAGUUCUCCCAGUUUGCUCUUUAGAACCCGAGCUGCGUGCACAUAGAACCCUUCAAGACUACAGCUUUUCUAGCAUGUCUUUAAGAAGAUUUAGGAGAACUCCUAAAAUACUGGAGGACGUCAACAUGGUGACGGAGGAGCUGAAGAACCUUUAUUACAAAAGGCUGCUACCCAUCGAGAAAUACUACGCUUUCCAUCACUAUCACUCGCCGAGCUACGAGGAUGCAGAUUUCGACAACAAGCCCAUGGUGCUGGUGAUGGGUCAGUACUCAACGGGAAAGACGACUUUCAUCAGGUAUCUCAUCGAGCAGGACUUUCUUGGUAGCAGAGUGGGACCAGAGCCAACCACCGACUGCUUCACUGCCCUCAUGUAUGGACCAGGGGAACAAAUCAUUCCUGGGAACGCCCUCACAAUGGACCCAAAAAAGCCUUUUCGACACCUGGACCCGUUUGGAAAUUCUUUUCUCAACAGGUUUCAGUGUGUCCAGAUGCCAAAUAAAGUCCUUGAAAACAUCAGCAUAAUCGACACCCCGGGCAUCCUGACAGCUGCCAAACGAAAACUAAGCCGAGGCUACGACUUCCAAGCAGUCCUCCGCUGGUUUGCAGAGCGUGUGGAUCGGAUCAUCCUGCUGUUUGAUGCACAUAAACUCGAGUUCUCGGAUGAGCUCACCCACGCUUUUGGGGCUCUGUGUGGCUACGAGGACAAGCUGCGUGUGGUUCUCAACAAAGCCGACAGAGUGGACUCUCAGCAGCUCGUGAGGGUGUAUGGCGCCCUCAUGUGGUCAUUAGGGAAAGUGUUUCGAACCCCUGAGAUUCUGCGGGUUUAUAUUGGAUCCUUUUGGUCGGAGCCCAGACAGAAAUGUGACCACUUCAAGCUCAUAGAGCUGGAGGAGGAGGACUUACUGACGGACAUAAGGAAUCUGCCACGCAACGCUGCUGUGCGCAAGCUGAACGACCUGGUUAAGAGGGCACGUUUAGUGAGGGCUCAUGCACAUAUUAUCAGUUACCUGAAGCAAAAGAUGCCAACAUUUUUUUGCAAAGAAAACAAGAGACACAAUCUUAUCUACGAGCUCCCUGCAAUCUUCACCAAGAUCCAGCAACAGCACAGAGUUCCAGCUGGUGACUUCCCAGACUGCACCAAGAUGCAGGAAAAACUUCUGGGUCAAGACUUCUCAAAGUUCAAGGCACUGAAGCCAAGUCUGAUGGCCUCCUUGGACAAACUGCUCACCACUGACAUAGCCAGUUUGAUUCCUUUACUCCAACAACAGGAAGAAAGAAAAAAGUCCCUGCCUGGCAUGCUGGAUGGGGAGUUUCUGGGGACGUUUAGACGUGAGUAUUUCAAAAAAGACCCAUUCAAGGAGCUUCCCAGAGACGAUGACAGCAGCGAGAUGGACUUUGAUGAAUGGGUUGUGGAGAAAUGCAAGCCUAAAUACGAUGAGAUUUUCUACAGUCUAAGUCCACGCGAUGGAAAGCUUAGUGGAACCAAAGUCAAAGAGUGGAUGACCACCACCCUCCUCCCCAACUCUGUUCUUGCUCACGUCUGGAGGUUGUCUGAUGUCGACGGGGAUGGCAUGCUGGACAACGAGGAGUUUGCUUUAGCAGUCCACCUCAUCGAGGGAAAACUGGAGGGAUACUGGCUGCCCAGAGAGCUGCCCUCCCAUUUGGUGCCGCCAUCAAAACGGCCGAGUUCGGAGAGUGAGACACCAGAAUAGAGCUCUAAGUACUGAAAGAAAGGCUCAAUAUCCAUCCAUCUGUCUAUCCAAACCCUUCAUGUAUCCAUCCAUCCACCCUCCCAUCUAUUCAUUGAUAUAUUCAUCUAUCUAUCCACCCAGUUAUCCAUAUAUCCCUCUGAUCAAUUCAUUCAUCUAACCAGAUUUAGAUUUAUAUUCACUGUAUAGUUCCUUGCAGGAUAUUGUGUGUUCAGAUUUACAAUCCAUCCCUCCAUUACUGGAUCCAUCCAUCCAUCCGUGGAUCCACCUAUACAUCCAGUUGUUUAUCUAUCCUUCCAUCCAUUUAUUCAUAUAACCAGAUUCAGAUUUACUUUAUUAUCCCUAGGUGGAAUUGCAUAUUCAGAUUUAUCAACCACCUCUCAAUCAAUUCUUCAUCCAUUCGUUCAUCUAUCCAUCUCUCCAUUCAUUCAUCUAUUAGUUUGUCUAUCCAUCCAUCACAAAUGGACAGACACCAAUCCAAACUGUCAGCUCAAAUGACUCAAAAUGUGUGUAAAACAUGAUUAACAUGAUCUAAUCCAGCUUGACUGACAUACUUUUUGUAAUUAAUCAGUAUUAACCCAGCAAUCAUAGUAAUGACUAUAAAUGAAAAGCAUUUAAUGUCAUCAAUAAUGUGUAGCAUCUGCUGCCUUGCUUGAACUUUUUACUAACUCACCAAGAUGGCAAAAGCGACCGUAAAACCCAGGAGAGCAGAGACAAGCUCCAUGUGAGCGGUGGCAGGGUCCGUCGUUGAGGCAUUUACACUUGGCUUUGCAGUGACGCCCGAAAUACCCCCUCGGACAACCUGUGUGUGUGAGAACAAUGUCAUAUGACUCUUUUUAAUCCAUCAUGUAUCAUCUUGUUUUGUUCUGUGUCAUUAGUCACUAAAUUCUCUAAACAUAAUCUAUGGAACAACAUCCAUACACCAUGGUGUCUGGCAUUUUCACCUAAGUGACACCAAAGGACAACAUUUUGAAGUUACAACCACAAGUUUCUACAAUUUAGAAGAAAAGUAAUUUUUUUUAAUAUUUGCUACCUAAGCUCAAGUUGGUUUUGUGAGGUCAUUUAUGAUAUCUGAUGUGCAAAUAAAUGCCCAGAACAACAGAGCAUCCUUUCCUGUGAUAAGUGAUAUGUCUAUGAUGUAAUAAUUCAGUAAAACAACCAUGUGAGAAACCAUGUAGCGUGGUUUUGUUGGUGUAAACAAGUGAAUGUAAACAACUUCAACAGCUGUGUUCAUACUUUUGAAGCUACAUCAACUUAUUUGGAGAAUUCCUUUUUUAUUUUUAUUUUUAAUAAAAAUGUCUCAAUAUUCAGUGUGAUCAUAUUUAUUCACGUUGAAAUCAUUUGAAUAAGCUGUAAAUAAUUUUACAUUGUGUUUUUUGAAAUGAUAAAAUUAGAACAAAUUCUAGCAUGUACAUAAAGUAACAAUAAGCUGCUAAA